AUUAGUAACCUCACUGCACCUUAAUGUCCUCCUCUUUCGCAGAAGCCGUAAAAGGUCUCUCUGUUCACUCACACACAGACCAUCUCUCUGUUUCUCUCUCUAUCUCUAGAAAUCGAUUUAUCAGUUCUUGAGUUUUAUCAAUGGAAAGUAUGCUCAGUGAUUUGAGAAUUGUAUCGAAACAAGGUCAAGAAGAAGAAGAAAAAAGCUGUGUUGUUUUUAGAAGAAUUGAGUUUCAUCAUGCUAGGAAGCAAUUUAACGGGUUUACUAAUAGUAUCGGAAACGAUUUUCGGAUUGAGACGCUGAACCCUGAUUCGGGUCCUAAGAGAGUUGCCUUGAGUUCGUCUCAACAGUCUUCUUUGAAGAAAGUUAUUGAUGGGUCGGAUUUGCUUGAGAAUGCGAUGGACCCCGAGCUUAGUUUUCAUAUUACUUUUCGGAAAAUAGGUGCUGGUUUGGAAAAUCUUGGAAACACUUGCUUUCUUAAUUCAGUACUGCAGUGUCUGACAUAUACUGAGCCUUUGGCAGCGUAUUUACAGAGUGGCAAGCAUCAAACUUCAUGCCAUAUUGCUGGAUUUUGCGCCUUGUGUGCCAUCCAGAAACAUGUUAGCCGUGCUUUACAAUCAAGUGGAAGAUCACUAGUACCCAAAGAUCUUGUUUCAAACCUGCGAUGCAUAUCUCGGAAUUUCAGAAAUUCCCGGCAGGAAGAUGCUCAUGAAUACAUGGUAAACUUGCUCGAAUCAAUGCAUAAAUGUUGCUUACCUUCAGGAGUACCAAGCGAAUCCCCUGCUGCUUAUGAAAAGAGUUUGGUGCACAAAAUUUUUGGCGGUAGUCUACGUAGUCAGGUGGAAUGCCAACAAUGCUUUUACUGCUCCAACAAGUUUGAUCCAUUUUUAGAUUUAAGCCUUGAAAUAGCUAGGGCUGAAACAUUGCCUGUUGCACUUCGAAACUUCACUGCUGCGGAGCUGUUAGAUGGAGGAGAGAAGCAUUAUCAGUGCCAAAAAUGCAAGCAGAAAGUUAGAGCUCAGAAACGGCUUACUGUCCACAAUGUUCCAAAUGUUCUUUCUAUCCAUCUGAAGCGCUUUCAUGCACAUGAUCCCGGACGGAAAGUUGACAAGAAAGUUUUAUUUGACCGCGCAUUAGACAUGAAGCCUUUUGUCAGUGGUUCAUAUGAAGGAGACUUGAAGUACAGUCUCUAUGGUGUUCUGGUGCAUUUUGGCCAUAGUACUCAUUCUGGUCACUAUGUUUGUUUUGUUCGCACAUCGAGUGGUAUAUGGCAUCUUCUUAAUGACAAUGAGGUACGCCCAGUUAGCGAGAAACUUGUUCUAGAACAAAAGGCUUACAUGUUAUUUUAUGUCCGUGAUAGAAAAAUUAAUUCUUUUAAAAAGCCUGCUGAUCUGGGAAGAGAAAAUGUGAAAGCAAGUGUCAGCAAUAACCUCCCGAAAUACAAUAUCAAGCAAAUGUCACAGGAACAUGUUGAUAAGGGUUCAAUUGCAAAUAGAUCACUUGCUGCAAGUGUCACUAAUCCUGUUAAUAAAAAAGAUGCACUAAAUUUCAGUAUUUCAAAGGAAAUCCCUCAGAAGAAACCACAAGUUCAACCUUUGAUUUCAGAUUGCUUGUUGGCAAAAACAAAACCUACUGCAGAACCUUCUUCAACUUUACCAUUGCAAAAUAACCCAUACAAAGAAGUUUCUACUAGUCCAGAUCUGGGAGAGUGUGUGUCAUCUUCAGCUCCAUCAGUGAAUGGCAAAUAUGACAGUUCUAAAGUUGAUAUUGCUACCGUCGCCAGUGGGCCUAAAAUGAGUGAUUGUAACAAGACAUCUCAAAUUAAUGAACCCCAAAGUGCUCCUACUGAAAAGCUGGUCAUGUGUGAGUCCUCUGAAAAGAUUAAUCUCGUCUUAAAUGUGGGAGUUGAUGGAGCAGUAGAGAAUGUCCCAAGACUUUCUCAAUCUGAUUAUGGCGGCAAAGUAUCUAAAACAAUAAUAGACUCUUUCGAAUUACCAAAUAAACCUACCUGUGGAAACAGUCAGGGUGGAGGUUACGACAAUCAAAGUUCUUCUGAAAAUUCACUUGGGGAUCAAACCAAUGAUAAUGGUAAACAAAUUGUAAAUGAGUUGCCUGAACCGUCAAUCCCAUCUGUUACACCGAUUGAAUGUCUACACCAGAAAGCUACCGAUUGCAUACCUCACAAAAAAUUAAAGAAGAAGCUUUUGAAGCGUAGGUUUUCAAGUAUGCAUCUGGGCUUAAAAUUCUUCCCAGCAUCCUUACGUCUGCGGAAAAAGAAGAAACAUAGAAAGCUUAAGCGCAACGCUUCAAGGACUCAAAAUCUUAUAAAAGAACAGAUGCUGGAGAGUAAUAAUUCUUUGUCAGAGGUAGGUCCCUCUACAUCUAAGAUGUCCAUGUCAAUUUCAUUGAAUUCUACACAUUCUCAAAGGAGAAGGGCUACAUCUCGUUCAAAGUCCUCUGUUAUGGAUGUUGUGGAUGAAAAAUCCGAGAAGAGAAAUAACCAAAAUAGGGAUGCAAAAACAGUGGAUAAAGAUUUAAAGAAUAGUCUUUCCACAUCUGAGUUGAACCAACACAAUGUGAGAGUAAUUGAAUGUGCAGAAACUAGCAGAAAAAAUAUGUCAGGGAAUGGGAUGAUGUGUAUGCUCACUCAAGGUCUGGAAGAGACAACUGGUCAGUAUUUGUCUCAAGUAAUAGUUGCACGUUGGGAUGGGGUAGAAUUGCCUAAGUCGCAGAAUAUGGCAUCAAGUAGUACGGAGAAUCUUCACAUUGGUCAUGUGCCAGAUGAAUGGGAUGAAGAAUAUGAUCGAGGUAAGCGAAAGAAGGUAAGGCAGAAUCUGCAUGAAUUUGGAGGUCCAAAUCCAUUCCAAGAAUUGUCAAGCAAAAAGACACAUUUCAAAAGGGCAAAGAUGGACCGAUCUAGCUCUGGAAACAGACCAUUCAGGAUAUGAAACUAAAUGUGAAGCAACACGGAUUCGUCGACAUGGUAUAAUAUAUGUAACCAUUUUUGCUGUUUUCACAAAUUUUUGUAAUUCUUGUUUUAGCUUUUUAUGGGUAAAUGAGAGUGAUGAUGAGAGACUUUUGGGAUCAAAUUUGUUUUAGCUCAUACUGUUUUAAUCUUGAGCUCUGUAAUGUUAUACAAUUUCUGUUAUGUUGUCAAUGAAGGAAUUAACCUAAA